UAAUAUUUCUCAUACUCUGAUUAGUUUUUCAUAUCAAGCAAAAGGCGCCAAAAGUAAAAUUUCCAAAUCUGCACUACUGUAGCACUCUGCAGACGACAAUAUUUAUUUUUGUUGCGCACGACGACGACCAAUAUGGUCUAAAACAUGACAUGACGUUUUAUUUCAAACCUCCAAGAGGUGACAUUCAAUUUCAUCGUCUACAGGAAUGUUUAGAAGAAAGGAUUAGUUAUCUAAAAUAUGUACAGAUCUCAGAGGACAUAUCCGAGUGUAAUGAAGGUUUCAAAUUUGAAUAUUUGACUGAUGGAUCAGCACUUGAUAGAACAGGACACUUCAUGUUAAGGUUAUUUGCAUCCAAGCUGGUUGGGUUAGAAAGUUUUUUACUCCAUUCAGAAAGUGUCCUGUUUGAGAAGAGGUUGAAAUGCCUCAGUCAUUUUGAGAUAAAAAAAGAGUUACGGACAGCUCAGCGGCAUGUGAAAGAAAUAUUGAGUUCUGGUUUCCUUCUUCCCAGGUAUAAAAUAUUUCUUCAGAACUUUACAAGCCUUUGCGAGAGAAUAAUCUCAAGUGGGGGACUUUGCCAUGUCUUUACUGACGCACAUCCUCUCAACUGUAAUAAGUUUAACCUAUCAGUCCCAUUCACAUAUUGUCUUCCAAUGGUUCGCACCAGGAGGGUUGACUUAAGAGGAGGAUUGGCUGUGGUUCCAUGCAGCGAAUGGUCUACAUUACUUUCAUGUGUAUUUGCUAAUCAUAUUAAAUAUGGUUUGCAGCAACUAUCACAUUCUAGGUCAUACCAAAUUAUCUGGGAUGAUGACCGAAUAAAACUUCUGUAUCAAAUUGUAAAGCAGCAGUCUGGGUUCUAUAGUUCAGAAGAGGCAUGUAGUACUAUGACUUUGUUAGCCAAAGAUGUUGACGGGAGAAGUAUAUUUUUUCCACCCUGCAUGAAAAACAUGCACAAAAUCUUACGUCAACGCCAUCGCCUCUCACAUUUGUCACGUUUUUACUACAGCUUAUUUUUAAAGGAUGUAGGAAUGCCAGUAACAGAGUCUCUAAAUUUUUGGAGUCAAGAAUACUCACAAACCAAUACCAACUGCGCAUCAUGUUCACACUCCUGGCAAAGAGAUAACAGGAAAUAUGUUUAUAGUAUCAGGCAUAUUUACGGAUUAGAGGGCUCUCGUCGAGUGUAUCAAAGUCCACGUUGCAAGCAAGUUCAAGAUAUGUCACUGAGUCCAUCAGCAGAUGGUGGGUGCCCAUUUGCAGAUUUUGAUGAAGAAAAGCUUCUGAACUGUCUACAUCAGGAGAUAAAAAGUGAAAAACAGUCUAUUGUAUUACUGAAAGAAGCUAAAAAUGAAAAAGGUCCAGCUGAGGCAUGUCGAUUGUAUUGUCAAAUGUUGCAUAAUCUUGCGAACAAAAGUAGCAUUUCUGCCCCAGAAAAUAUAGUUACUGUACAAGAAGAUAUAGACCUCACUGCUUUACAUCCAUCUAAAUUUUAUAAGUAUAUUUGUGAGGCUACAUCAUAGACUUCCAUGUAUGUUAUGUGAGCUAGUAUCUAAAUAUGCUAGGACGUGGCCCAAAGAACACCUGUCAAAAUUGCAGAUAUUGUUUUCUUAGUUUCACAUCAUUUUGAAAAAGCCGUGUUCUUUGGGAGAGGUAGAAAUAUCUCUACAAAAUAAAACCAUGACCUUUCACAAAUUAUUUUAGAUUUUGGAGUUCCCAACACAGAAGAGUUGCAAAUGUGUUUGAUGCUAUUCAUUAAAACAGUACAAUUUUAA